UUCUAAGAGUUUAAGAAAUAUAUAUUUUUUUAAACCUGAUUUUGCAAAAAGUCCUCUAUAAUUAAAGAACAUAUAUAAUUAAAGGUUCAAUUUUUCUGGCUCAUCUCUUCUGCACUUGAUUCUCACAUGGAGCUUCAAUUCCCUUCUCUGAUCCUCUUCUUCACCUCCCUCCUUUUCUUGUACACGGUCCUCAAAUUAUUAGGUGCUUUCUCGUCCGCAAAGCUACCGCCGGGACCGAGGAGACUUCCCAUCAUCGGAAACCUCCACCAGCUCAAAGGAGCACCCCAUCGCUCCCUAAAAGAACUGGCUGCCAAGCAUGGACCCAUAAUGCACCUCCGGCUUGGCGAGCUCAGAACCAUAGUACUUUCUUCACCGGAGUGCGCAAAAGAAAUCCUGACAACCCAUGAUGUAAUCUUUGCCCAGAGACCCAAGACAAUGGCUUCUCAGAUCCUGUCUUACAAUUUCUUGGACAUUGGUUUUGCACCAUAUGGCCCCUAUUGGAGGCAGUUGAGGAGAAUCUGCAAGUUGGAGCUUUUAAGUCAAAGCCGAGUCGACUCAUUCCGAUCCAUCAGGGAGGAGGAGGUGAGUAAUCUCGUCAAAGAAAUAUCUUCAUGCCGAGGAUCGCCAAUCGAUCUUAGCAAGAAACUGUUCGAAAUGACUUCUGGGAUAGCCAUGAGUGCAGCUUUUGGGAAACACUGCAAACACAAAGAAGAAUACAUUUCCGCUGCUUACAGGAUCAUAAAGCAGAACACAGGUUUUACUCUUGUCAAUUUAUUCCCUUCUUUCAAAAUUCUUGGAUGGAUUUCAGGAGCCAGGCCCAAGCUUGAGAAGAUGCAUGGAGAGAAAGAUAAGAUAGUUCAGAAAAUCCUUGAUGAGCACAAAGAGAAGAGGGAGAAAAGGAUGAAAGAUGGUGAACAAGUAGAAGCAGAGGAUGAUGAGGAGGAUCAAAUUGAUGUUCUUUUGAAGCUCCGAGAGCAAGGGGACCUUGAAUUUCCCUUGACUGAUGAUACCAUCAAAGCUAUUCUCUGGGACUUGGUCACUGCGGGGUCUGAGACAUCGUCUGCAACUAUGGAAUGGGCAAUGUCUGAAAUGCUGAGAUUUCCAGAAACAAUGAAAGAGGCACAAGCUGAGGUACGUCGUGUUUAUGGUGAAAAGGGAAGUGUAGAUGAAUCAAAUCUUCAUGAAUUACAAUACUUAAAAGCAGUAGUGAAGGAAACCCUGAGGCUGCAUCCUCCAUCUCCUCUGCUAACGCCAAGGGAGUCCAGUGAGGCAUGCCAAAUUCAUGGUUAUGACAUACCUGCCAAAUCUAGAGUUACAAUCAACGCAUGGGCAAUCGAAAGAGAUCCAAAGUACUGGCCUGAACCUGAGAAAUUUAGCCCAGAGAGAUUCCUGAACAGUUGUAUAGAUUACAAGGGAAUGGAUUUUGAGUAUAUCCCAUUUGGUGCUGGAAGGAGAAUGUGUCCUGGAAUAUAUUUUGCUCAAGCUAACAUUGAGUUGCUACUUGCAAAAUUGUUGUUCCAUUUUGAUUGGGAACUACCUGAGGGAAUGAGGAAAGAAGAUAUAGACAUGAGUGAAUCGUUUGGUUUAGCUCUUAGUAGAAAAGUAGGUUUGGUUGUAAUUCCCAUUCCUUGGGCGAACAAUUGAGGCCAUGGACAAGAAUAUCUUAGCAUUCUCCCCUGCUCUGUAGAAUGUCAAUAGAUAAAAAAAAGUAUGUGAGCAGUCUUGUGAUGAAAUAAGCUCUUGGCUAUGGGGUGUUUUUCCUAGCUCUGUCAA